CCACGCUCAACCACGACGACGCCUGACGAGGCCACACAGUUGCUCUGCCUCCCUCACGAACUGACGACUAACCAUUACGAUGGCCAACAAACCACGGAACAGUGUCCUGUACAUGUUCGACCCUCUUGAGUCGUUGGCAACGCCACGCAGGGAUGGAUCGCCAGACUCUGGGAGCUCUGACAAGGAGAACGAUGUCCAGCCCGGAGAUGUCACUGUUUUCUUCAACAGGGUCUAUACAUCUCACAAGAACGUUGCCCCGAAGACACCGAACGGCAAGCUCAUCGACUUUGGCGAUACCACCACGAACGACGUGUGGGACUCUGGGGAGGAGGAUGUGGUUUGUACAGCUGCAUCACCCGCUGCUGAUACAUUGGAUGAAGCGAGCACGCCAAGUGAACGUGCUAUGGGGAGAAAGCCGCUCGCCGACAUCGAGAUUGAAGAGACACUCAAACUCGCCUUCACCCAGCAGUCCCCAGCCAACGAAGCCAGCGCAGACCUUGACGAGGAGGACGACGCCACACCACUCCGUGCUGUAACCGUUGCGCCUACGGGCGCACCGCUGGCAGAUGUCAUCAACUCCAUCAAUUUGUCGGCCUUGACCAUCUCAGGUUCGGCACCUCCGAGCCCUCUUGCGAACCGCAGCCCGCUCCCUCCACUGCGGGAAGAGGCGGAUGGGGACUAUUCUGACGAGGACGACGGUAUGAGGGCUGAUUACGGCGAAAUGGAAGAUACAGUGUCCAUCCCUCUGCUCAUUACCGUCAGCUCACCGACGGGCGCGUACGAAGAGUCGAAUUCCUUGACGGAUUUGGUCCUUCCGGUUUCAUCAGACUCGCCGACGGAUCGUCUCUUCGCGUCAUCCACCGUGGUACCGCUUCCCCCGACGCGGCGGCCUCUGCUGAGGAAUCGUAUCCCGAACGAUGACCCUAGACGGACAUCUGUUGAUCUGCAUACCUCUUUCAGCAUGCAGAUGCAGUCGACAGAUAUGUCGUUUGACCUGUUAAACGACAAGAUCUCCUUCCACGCCGGGGAUUCGAUGUGGGCAGGUGGUGACGAAGACGACGAGCGUUUGAUAUGGCAGCCGAGAUGAAGAAGAUGGAAGCCGCUGCUAGUGAGUACGCAUGUAGCGAACAAGGCAAGAACGAGGUCGUGGAAGGGUCUACCAGUGCAGCACCCUCGAUGCGUCAUGAGGAGCAGAAUGAAAUCUCGAAACAAUGCGGGGCUACCAAAGUUUCCGUAGAGAUUACAGCGCCCAACCAAACGCAACGGUCGCUCAGAGUCGCCAGUUCCAGGCCCCAUCACGGAAAACCGCCGGAGGUGAUUGAUACUACG